AUGGAGCUCAGAAGCAUGGAGUGUGACGAGCCAAUUGAAGUAACGCCAGAUGUUCAGGCCACUGAGGAUGAUAAUUCGACCGAACUUCAGCCUACCGUCCACGUGGAGAUUUGUUUAACUCGUGGUAGCACUGCGUCGCGAGCCAUUGUGUGUCGAGCUGUUGAAACGUACCUGCGGGCCAAACAAGGCGCUUGCAAUCUUCCUGCCCAUUGGGAACACAUCUUAGUUGGCACUUCGCCUUCUGAGCAGAUAUUUUUCAACGAAAACAUUGCUUCAGUGGGAUCUACGGAUUCGAUUUGA